GUCAACUGUCAAUGUCAACUGUGAAAAAUCCACUUGCAAAAAUUCAAAAUAAUGUUGUGUUCGACGAUAUAAUUUCAAGUCUAAAUUUAAAUUAUAAAUCUAUUUUAAUGAAUUCCUUGUUAAUUAUAACAACAGUCACCAGUUGUUUAAGACUAAGCAGCUUCAGCGCGGCUACAACUGUACCCAUGGCGCUCAGAAGUGUUGACUUUGAAGUAUUUGGCCGGGUGCAAGGAGUAUUUUUCCGGAAGUACACCAAAGAUCAAGCAGAAAAGCUGGCCCUUAAAGGAUGGUGCCGGAACACAUCUAAAGGCACAGUGGAGGGACAGAUGCAGGGACCAUCUGACAAAGUGGAAACUAUGAUGAACUGGCUGAAGACGACUGGCAGUCCGAGUAGUCAAAUAGACAAGGCCAACUUCAAGAACGACAAAGAAAUCUCCGAAUAUACCUUCAGCAAUUUCGAUAUUAGACGCGACAAUUAGUUUUCAGUGAGUAUUAUUCUCAUAUUUAAAAUGUAGUCAGUUUUGUUCGAGUCCUAAUGUAAUGUGAUUACGGUUAUUAUUUAUUAUUAAUUAUAAAAUUAGAAUUAAUGAAAACGGAAAUUUUAAAAUACUCUCAGUAUUAUAGAAGAUGUUAUCACAUCCCAAUGAGUAUAUGGUGUUUGGGUGUUCUGAAAAAAAAACACGAUUUUUAUCGCUAUAAAUGUCUAGCCGAGCAAACUAUUAGCGAAUUUACGAUUAGAUGGCAAUAAGAUUAGGUUUGUACUUCUAAAACUGAAGAACACAGACAUUUUGUAAACGAAAUUUAUAUCUAAAACCUAUUUCAUUUGACGUAAAUUAAAGUAAAAUCGCCAUAAAGAAAUGACAUCUAGAAUUUUAAGAUGGAAGAAAAGACACAAGAUUAGGAUGACAUGACAACUAUGUAUCUCAUAUUUUGUUUGUUUGUAAACAAAAAUAAAUUACGUAAUUCAGGCUUAGCAAAGCACAUCGCCAUUUAUACAUUACUAGCGGACGUCCGCGACUUCGUCCGCGUGAAACUCGAUGUAAACUUUCAACUACCUCUAUCCUACCCCUACCCUACCCCUACCCUACUCCUACCCUACCCCUACCCUACCCGUAAAAAAAAGUAUAAAAAAAAAAGUGAAAAGUAUCCUAUGUCCUUCUCCUGGCUCUAAACUACCUCCCUGCCAAUUUUCAGCUAAAUCAGUUCAGCCGUUCUUGAGUUAUAAGUGGAGUAACUAACACGACUUUCUUUUAUAUAUAUAGAUUAUCUAAUCUUAACCAUUUUAUUUAAUUAUUAUUAUUAACAGAUAAAUCGUCAUGAGUAAUAUUGUCAUCAAACUAUUACUAUUAAGUAAUUAGAAAAAACUAAAUUAUAAUUGUGCAAUACUGUUAAACAGUCUUUCAGUUACGAAAUCUAAAUAUUUAUAGCUCGCUGUAAUCGCUAAUGUAAAACGAUAGUAUCAAUUCGUUAACAAUUCAACCAAAGUUUCAUCACAAUCGGAAUAACUAUGCGUUUUUGGUUAACUAGAUUAAGUAGAUUCUUAAUGUGGCUAAGUUCCCGUUGUGAUAUUAAUUAUUAUUAAACAGCUGAUGUUAUUUAUAUUACCUAUAGCAGUAUUUCGUUUAUCUGAAUAUAGAAUGUUGAAAUA